AGCGGGCGCUUGUUGUUCUCGGGUUGAGGGAGGCGGAGGCGGCUUCCUGUGUUUGUCUGUCUCUAGCUGUGUUGCUAUAGUCGGGCGCUGAAGGCAGCCAGAGCCGGAUCGGUGGUAGGGCCAUGUCGCGGAGGUCGCCCGCAGAGGCGGGCGGGACCCAGAGGAGAGGGCUGUCGCUGCGAAGUUUUCCUCGGUUACAGCGCGGCCCGAGCGAAGGCCGCAGCGUCGUAGCCCCUAGGGACUGAAGAGCCUCUCGGACCUCGGGAUUUCCUGGUACCGUGCAGCUGGACGCCCCAGUCAGGCACACUUUCUUUGCUGCCCUAACCCAAGGCCCUUGACUUCCUUGGCCCUGGCCCCUGCAGAAGAUGAAGCUCUUAGAAAACUCCAGUUUUGAGGCGAUCAACUCCCAGCUAACGGUGGAGACAGGUGAUGCCCACAUCAUUGGCAGGCUGAGCAAGAGCCAGGGAGGGGAAGAUGAAGGGCCACUGAGUGAUAAGUGCAGCCGAAAGACCCUCUUCUACCUGAUUGCUACUCUCAAUGAGUCCUUCCGGCCUGAUUAUGACUUCAGCACCGCCAAGAGCCACGAGUUCAGCCGGGAACCUAGCCUCAACUGGGUGGUGAAUUCAGUAAAUUGCAGCCUGUUCUCUGCAGUUCGUGAAGAUUUUACUGCUCUGAAGCCUCAGCUCUGGAAUGCAGUAGAUGAAGAGAUUUGCCUGUCUGAGUGUGAUAUCUACAGCUACAAUCCUGACCUGGACUCUGACCCCUUUGGUGAAGAUGGCAGCCUCUGGUCCUUCAACUACUUUUUCUACAACAAGCGGCUCAAGCGCAUAGUGUUCUUCAGCUGCCGAUCAAUCAGCGGCUCUACCUACACUCGAUUAGAAGCUGGCCAUGAAUUGGACAUGGACUUGGGAGAAGAGGAAGAGGAGGAGGAAGAAGAAAGAGGGGGGAGCAGCAGUGAGGGGGCAGCUGAGGAGACCAGCACCAUGGAGGACAGGCUCCAGGUGAUCUGCAUGUGAGAGGUGCCAGAACCACUCAUCUUCACUGCUCUUGGGCGGGGACUUUUCCUGUCUGCUCGACCCCCACGGGCCUCCCAGUUGGCCAUCCCUCUGCAACCAGCUGGGCUUAGCCCUCCUAGCACUUUGGCUCCAGACUGUGAGCAACUGACUCUUCCUCCAAACCUUUCCCAUUCCUAAGGAACCAGCACCAGAGCCCCUGCCUUCUCCCUCAUGCUGCCUAGCCCUGGACUCUUGGGGUAGGAUUGAGUCCCACUGACUGUGUCCUUGGGGGCGGCAGGGCUAGCUUUGACCUACUCCCUUGGGCUCCCAGAUUGUAUUUUUAUAUUUUGUACAGGGGCACUAGCUCCUCUUUCCCCCACCAUACUCCACCCCAAGUCCCUGGGGGCUGGUGGGGGAGGAUGCUGUACUCUGGGCCUGCUGGUAGUAGUCUGGACUCUGGGCACAGCCUUCACCUAGUGGUGCUGGGGCAGGGCAGGAUGGGACCCAGGCCCCAGGCCCCUCCUACCUCGGCCCAGCCCUGAAGGGCAGCCAGUGUGCACUGAGGGGUCACUUUGCUGCAGCUCUGUGUUUGUCUCCAAUAAAGUUUCUGUGACUUA